CUUCUAAUCAGAUUACUCUGACGUCAUCGCGUACAUGCUCACGCCGUGUGACGUCAUGUGUGUUGUUUGCUGUUAGCUUCUUCCUUUAGCAUCGACAGCUAAACAUGUUUUUGAAAGACUCCUCCACCUUUUAACCGAACCGAACCGAACCGAACCACCUCCUGCUCCACCUCCUGCUCCUCCUGCUCCAGCUCCUGCUCCUCCUGCUCCUCCUGCUCCACCUCCUCAUGACCUGUCCGGACCCGAACCAGCCAGACGACACCAGCAGCUAACUUAGCUCACCGGCUAGCUUCAGCAGCUGAGCAGCAUGGCGUCUUCCUUCAAAAUCCCCAAGAAGAAACAGGAAACGACCUCUGACCCCGCCCACCUGCACCUGCAGUCACCGCUGUCCCGCCUCCAGAGCCCCGCCCCACGGCCUAAGGGUUAUGGGGACCAGUCCAACAGAGGCAGAGCUGACAGGAUGCAUGCUGGGAACGCACUCGGCUCCUCGACAGGCAGACAGAGCACGCCAUGUAAGCCACUCUUCAGGAACGUCGUCAAGUCACUGCUGGGACUCAACAGACCGACCAGAGGAGCAUCAACAGCCAAUCACAGAGCGGCAGGAGGCCAGAGCCAGCAGGCACAGCCCGAGUCCUCUUCGUCCCGUCUGUCAAACGGAUGGCGUCCUAAGCGAGCGUCAGACCGACUGCUGCAGUCUGAACAAACCGCUGAGCGUCUGUCUCCACCACAGAAGAAGAGUGAUGUCAGAGGUUUGUCCCCGUCCACAAAAUGCAUCUCUGUGCAGUCGCUGGAUUCUCUGGCAGAGCUGCGAGGUGACGAGCAUGCUGGGAGUUUGAGUUCUUUGACACUGGACGGAAGAACGCCGAAGAGAGGCGAGUCUGGCAGGGACGCUGCUGAUGGGAAGGGCGACAGAGGAAACACUCCUGAUUCUUUGAAGCCACAGAAGAAGAACUCGUCUCUCUCUGAUUCAGAUCAGAUGUCAGAAGAUGACUUUACGCCUCUGUCCAGAACCAGAAACAAACCCUCAGCAGAUGAAUAUCUUCCCAAAGAUGUCCGCAGACCCUCCCUCUCCUCGGACACCUUGUCUCCGAAGACGAUGCCCGAAAAGAGGUGGAGUCUAGACAGGAUGUCGUGGCUCGCUGCCAGCAGCAAUCUGAGGGAGAAGGAGAGACAGAAGUGGAGGGAGUUCAGAGAGAAGAAGAUGUCGAACAGGUCGGCCGUCCUGCAGCUCCGACUGAGGAAACCCAAACAGACUCCGACAGAACCCAUUGUGCUGUCGAGUGAAGAAGAGGAUGAGGACGAUGGAGAUGGACCAAAAAAGUCACAAAGCAGCAGCUGGGUGGAGGACUCCCAUCCAGGAAACUCAGGGCAGAUACAGGAUCAUCACUCGCCUCCUUCGUUCAUGCAGCUCGAGUUCAGCUCGCUUCACGCCGGCCUGAAGCACGCGGACGCCAACGGGGAGAUGCUGAUCACGGAGAACGGCUUCAACAUUCCUCUGAAAGGAACUGAAGUGGGCGAGGUCACUGUGGUGGCGUCUCAGGUUCGUGGUUAUGGCGUCUGGGACGGGGGCGUGGCUCAGGGCGGGGCUCUGUUGGCCGGUUGGAAAGGCCCCGCCCCCUCGCUGCUGUUCCUGUGGGUGAGUGACGCUCAGGCCAACCUGCUGCAGACAGAGCUGUCCGCCAUCCAGACCUCCGACACCUCAGGCCCGCCGUGCUCCUUCCUCCUGCUGGUGUUGAAGGAGCAGCUACAGGAGCUCCAGGCCGCCCUGCUCGCCUCCAUCCUGGACAUGGAGGAGUACAGGAAGGGAUGCGCCUCCUCCAGUGGGCUGACCUCCCCUCUGGAGUGGACAGAUGGACUGCUGCUCCUCUACAGCUGUCCUCCUCCUCUGGACCAGCACCUCCUCGAACUGCUGGGACGCUCUGUGGAGAACGCGGCUCAGGUGAGAAACAACCAGAGAAGGUCCAGCCUGAGCUCCUCUGCUCUGCCCACCAGGUUGAUCCAGUACCCAGCGCCGCCCUGUAAAGGCCGGAUCACGGUCACAAAGGAGGACUUGGCGUGUCUGAACGGUGGCGAGUUCCUCAACGAUGUCAUCAUCGACUUCUACCUCAAGUACCUCCUCCUGGAGGGAGUCGGGGGCUCGGUGGCUGAGCGUAGUCACGUCUUCAGCAGUUUCUUCUACAAACAGCUGAGCAGACGGAGGGCCGCCGGAGAGAACGACGCCCCGUCGGUCCUCGAUCGUCACAUGAGGCAUCAGAGGGUGAAAACGUGGACUCGCCAUGUGGACAUCUUCACCAAAGACUUCCUGUUUGUGCCUGUCAAUCAAGAAGCUCACUGGUUCCUGGUGGUGGUUUGCUUCCCGGGUCUGGAGGAGCUUCAGUACGAGGCGUUUCAGAGGCCAACAGGUGGAUCCGAGCAAGCCGGGGGGAAACCAUCCGUCAGUCUGAGGUCACAUCAGACACCGGACUGCGUUCAUCAGGGCUGCCAGAAGGACACAGUUUUAAAGAGGCCGUGCAUUCUCGUCAUGGACUCGCUGAAGGUGUCGUACCACGAGAACGUCUGCAGGCUCCUCAGAGACUACCUGCAGGUGGAGUGGGAGGUCCGGAGGGCGACGCCCCGUCUGUUCACGUCGGACAACAUGAGGAGCUCCAACUGUCGGGUUCCUCAGCAGGACAACAGCAGCGACUGUGGUCUGUACCUGCUGCAGUACGUGGAGAGCUUCCUGCAGAACCACGUGGUGCACUUUGACCUCCCCCUACGUUUGGACCACUGGUUUCCGCGGCACCGAGUGCGACAGAAGCGCGAGGAGAUCCGGAGUCUGAUAAUGAGGAUGCAUCAGAGUCAGAGCGAAGCUACGUGAAGCCACGAGGACCAAAAAACACGCAGAGCCGUUAACUCACCUGUGCAAUAAAUAAUUUAUAUUUUUUCUACUUUUCUGUUUUCAAUCGAAAUGUUUCUUGGUAAAACUCACUUCCUGUUUUAUCAAAUUAAAAUUAUUUAUUUUCAUUUUGAGGCAUUUUCAGAGGCUCUUAUUUUGAGAUUCAAACAGGAUUUCUCAACUCUGUGAUUUUUAAUAAACAUGGAUUACAAAAUAAAA